AUGUCGAUAUACACAUUCAUUCGCCUGCCACAUACUCCUUGGAAGGCAGUGAGAUGCUGGUACAACUCCGAUAAGAAUAUCUUGAGUCAAGAUGUACCCCGACCCCGCUCCGAGUCUCGUUAUGCCCGAAUGCUGCGAGAAGAGGCCGAGGUCCAAUUCACAUACAACAUUAUUGCAAGUACAGCCAAUUGGGUCCUGCUUGCCGGAUACUUGGUGGUUCCUGGCACUUUUACCUCCCUCCAGACGUCCAAUCAAGUCGAAAGUGCUCUCAACCACAACGGCGCUGGACGUCAUAUACUACAUACCAUCCACAACCCGCCAUUACUCGGCAUAGCAUGUUUAUUCUUGAUGGUUGGGGCUUUCGCUCUUCUCUGGCUAUUCCACUUUCGUCAACUGCGAUAUGUCUACACCUGGUUGAUCAACAAGAUUUUCAUGCCAGUGUCUCUGAACGCCGCAGCCGGGCUUCUUACCACCCUGGUCAAUAUUUACACUUCACGCGCGGGCCAUUGGUCCGUUAUGGCUUUGGCAACGGCUGUUAUCACUGGCUUUACUACACUGGCAUUUUCACUGCUCUUUUGUGUCUACCGAUUUCAGAUGCUUAAAAACGUGAUGGCAGAUAGGAGGCUUCUUCAUUCCUGA